CCAACUCAAAUUCCAAUCCCCAAACGGCCAAACCCUCUGCAGUUCCUCGCCAUGGUCGCCGCCGCCGUCGGCGAGGCGACCCCGCCCCCGGACCUCCCACCCUCCCGCGUGUCCGUCUCCUCGCCCUCGCCUUACCCCCGGCGCCGCUGUGCCCUCGCGAGCCGCUUCCGGGAGCCGGCGGCCCCGCGGCGGCACGCGUGGGUUUCCCUCCAGGGUCGCCUUAUCGGGGCGGAGGAGGCGUCGUCUGCCGCUUCGGCCGCACCGGGCCUUCCCCCGGAUGAGGCGGUAGCGUGGGAGCUCUUCAGCCCGCUCCAUCGCGUGCUUCUCGUCGCCACUGUCGCCGCCGCAUCCUCCCGGUCCCACGCCGCCCGCCGCAUCGAGCAGCUACAGCGGUCGAUUCAUCUUAGGGAUGAGGUGCUGGAAGGCAUGCAGCAGAAGCUGGAUGAUCUGCUCGUCGAGAUGAGCUCCCUACAACAGCAGUACGUCAAGUGUGACAGUUACAUUUCCGAUGAAAGGGAGACGAAUGAGAUUGCAGGCAGCAAGAAUAUAGGAGACGGAGAGGGAUCUAGAUGCUGUGUGUGCACGAAGCUAGAGGUUGCUGCCACUCCUCAGAAGGCAAAGGAUCUCUGUGGCACAGACGAUGCUAGGAGUGAUAUGGUUGAUAGGUCUAGUCUAUCUUCCAUGGAUCAUGAAGAGCGCCGUAUGUCAGACCUCUCAGACUUCUGCUGGAGUGUUGUGUCAUCAGUUGAUAACCAGAUAAAUGGGGAUAAUCAGCUAAGUUUCCUGGCAGCAGAUCAACAACUGUACAAUCUUCAGAAGGAAUGUGAAGAGAAAGAUGCAACCAUCAAGGAACUAGCUGCAGCGGCACAUGCAUCUAGUACUGCUGAUGCGAAGAGAAUUGCAGAGCUGCAGGAAGUUCUUAAAAGGAAAAACAUGGUGAUCUCUAAAUUGAAGAAAGACAUGGCUGCUCUGAAGCAUAUGGUUGUUGAACUGUCAAGGGCUAAAAGGGCAUCUUCUGCCAUAAGUCCAAUCUGUACUGAUCUGCCAGUGAUGUCAAACAAUGUUCUGUAUGAUAUGAGCAGUUCUAGCUCAUCAUCAGAUUCUGAAUCUCCGGUUGCACUAAGAGAAUACCUUGAUGAGCAUCUUGUUGAUAGCACUCCAGGAGAUGGUUAUUCCAUAGGGAGUUGUGAAGUAUCUACAGCAAAAGCAUCUCUUCCAUCAAAAACUUCAUUCGUUCACAAGCUGCGCUCAACUAGCCCUUUAAAAGAGAUUCACAUUAACCCAAAAGUAGAAACAAAUUCAUUUGGCAGACAGAAGCAACCUACAUCCUCUAAUGGAGAUUUUAAAAGGAUUAGACGACAAAGUCAGCAAGAUCCAAGGAAUAAAGCUACAAGAAGAUGGAUGUAGAGUUUAUCCAUCUAGAAGUCAUUACCUGAUUGAUUUGGAGAAGAUGAAGUUGAUAGAUGUUAUCGAUUUUGGUUGAUGAACUUUCCAUGAUGCUUCCUGGCUUCCAGUUCUUUCUGGUAAAACAGUAUGGCUGCAACUUGCAUAUAUUGUAGUCUUUAAUAAAGUUGCCUGUCACUAGAUGGACCAUAUCGGUACCUUACCUAGCUUCAGCGUUGGAAUCUUCUCCGAUGUAUAGAAUGUCAUUUGGAUCUCAACAGUCAACAUCUCCCUUCUCUUGAAUGUAUCGGUUAAAUUUAAUAGUGGACUAAUUUAUCCUGCAGAAUCUUGGAAUUCGUACUUGCGAAAUAGUUUACCAUU